AAAAUUUGAACAAAGUCGAUAAAUAACGAGAAGGCCUCGAUUAGAUUUUCUUUUUUAAAUAGAAAAAAAAAUAAGUAUUUUCAAGUAAAGGACCAGAAAAAAAAAAAGGUCCAAAAAUUCAAUAAUAGAUUGAAAAGAUUUUUAAAAGAAAAAUACUUUUUUUUUUGAAAAAAAAGUAUAUAUGACAUUUCAUUCAACGUGUGAAACGUUAGUAUCUCAGAAUAUUACACCUGGUUUUCUUUCUAUAAAUAAAAAAAUGGAAAUUGAUAAUACUUUAUUUAAGACAAGGGCUUUGGAUACUAUUAAGUUUCCAUAUCGUUCUCGUUCUUUACCGCUUAAAAGUUCAGAUUCUCCACGGCAAAGGAUUGAUGUAGCAUGUCAACGAUGUCGGAGACGUAAAAUUCGGUGUUCAGGAGAUCAAGGGCGACCGGAUGGGAAAUGUACGCAUUGUAUCAAAGCAAAUUAUCCGUGUGAAUUUGUUAGUCGGAUUCAUCCGCCGAUACAAAUUUCACCAAUUUUAAUGUCGCCAUCGCCACAAUCUCCUAGUACAGUUGAGUCGCCUCAGCCUUAUUUAAAUUCGGUGGUUCAGUUUCCUAGUGCGCUUUCGCCGGGUCUUACUUCUAAUAUGAAUCAUCAUGAUACAUCGUGGUCAAAUAAUGUAUCGACAGUUUUAACGAAUAAGCAUGUCUCGAAUCUUCCCAUAUAUAAUCAAGAUUUAUAUGGGACGUCGGAAACAUUGUCAGGAUUAUCAUGCACAUCUUAUUCGCGUACAACGCCUUCUUUAAUGGGACUACAUUCAUAUUUAAUGGCUAAUGAACCAUCUAUUGAUCUUUGGACGUCAGAGAAUUUGUAUACACAAAUUCAUGAUUCGUCUUCGAUACUUGAGACAACUACAGAGUUAGCUACAUCGGAUCAGUAUUUAACAAUGCCUCAAAGCAGUGGAUCAUCAUCUGAACAUCCUUUAUCAUUUGAUCAUCAAGCAUCGCAGUUUUGGUCGUCUAAUCCACUUUCUCAAUUUACUUGGACAUUAGAUUGCAAUAAGGAAUCAUUUGAUUCGGUUCCUAUUCUAUCGAGUUCAUAUGAUGCAUCUUCUGAUUCUGCUUGGGAUUCUCAAAGUCCUAUUACAGAUUUAUUUCCGAAUAAUAAUAUUGAUGGUUCUACCUUAGAUGGCAUGUUUUGUUUCAUUAAGGAUUUAAGCCCUACACCUGUUUUGCAAGAUGAUAGCUCGACAAUUAUCUAAUUAAUGUUACCCAUUUUUUCUGAAUAUCGUUCGUAUUUUAAUAUUUUCAUAAUCUAUGUUUUAUAUAUUUGAGCGAAUCUUUUUUGACUAGAUUUGUAAGGGUUAUAUUACAGUUUAAAUGCAAAUUUGUG